GUAGGCCAUGACGCAGUGCCCCGCCAUUCCCGCCAAGCCAUUCCCCUGCCCACGCCGCGGCGUCGCGAAAAAAUGCGCGAUUGGGAGAGGCGAGAACCUCACUCGGUUAUUCAGCGGCGCCGCCCGACACCAUGCACGCGAAACACGUAUUUCGUUUGUCCACCACGCGCAAGGCCCGCCGUUCUAGGCAGGGCAUCCCCUCGCCCGACCCAUGCCUAUCCCUUCCACACCUCGCGCCUAGCCCGCUCUCAACUGCGCGCCAAGCAAGGGCCACUAGGAAUCGCCCACGCAGCCCUGCCUGCCCGCGCCAAGCUCCACGCCAUUCCACGAACUCUCUCCCGCUCUCCCCCUCUCCCGCGCUCCCGCUCUCCCGCUCUCUCGCUCUCCCGCUCUCCCGCUCUCCCGCUCUCCCGCUCUCCCGCUCUCCCGCUCUCCCCCUCUCCCGCGCUCCCGCUCUCCCGCUCUCCUGCUCUCCCGCUCUCCCGCUCUCCCGCUCUCCCGCUCUCCCGCUCGUUCUCUAACUCCCCCACUCUCCCACUCCCCCCCUUGCCCGCUCUCCCUCGCUCCCGCUCUCCCGCUCGCCCGCGCUCCCGCUCUCCUGCUUGGGAGGGGGAGACAGGGGGUGAAGCCCCGCUCUUGUGUGAGGGGGGAGGAGGGCUCGGACAGGGCGGGAAGCCCCGCUCCCCCCACACUCUCCCGCUCCCCCACACUCUCCCGCUCCAUCCACACUCUCCCGCUCCCCCACACUCUCCUGCUCCACCCACACUCUCCCGCUCCCCCACACUCUCCCGCUCCCCCCACACUCUCCUGCUCCCCCACACUCUCCUGCUCCACCCACACUCUCCCGCUCCCCCACACUCUCCUGCUCCACCCACACUCUCCCGCUCCCCCACACUCUCCCGCUCCCCCCACACUCUCCCGCUCCCCCACACUCUCCCGCUCCCCCACACUCUCCUGCUCCCCCACACUCUCCCGCUCCCCCACACUCUCCCGCUCCCCCCACACUCUCCCGCUCCCCCACACUCUCCGCUCCCCCACACUCUCCUGCUCCCCCACACUCUCCUGCUCCACCCACACUCUCCCGCUCCCCCACACUCUCCUGCUCCACCCACACUCUCCCGCUCCCCCACACUCUCCUGCUCCACCCACACUCUCCCGCUCCCCCACACUCUCCCGCUCCCCCCACACUCUCCCGCUCCCCCACACUCUCCUGCUCCACCCACACUCUCCCGCUCCCCCACACUCUCCUGCUCUCCCCACACUCUCCCGCUCCCCCACACUCUCCCGCUCCCCCCACACUCUCCCGCUCCCCCCACACUCUCCUGCUCCCCCACACUCUCCUGCUCCACCCACACUCUCCCGCUCCCCCACACUCUCCUGCUCCACCCACACUCUCCCGCUCCCCCACACUCUCCCGCUCCCCCCACACUCUCCCGCUCCCCCCACACUCUCCUGCUCCACCCACACUCUCCUGCUCCACCCACACUCUCCCGCUCCCCCACACUCUCCCGCUCCCCCGUUCUCGUACUCUGCCGCUCUCCCAUUCACCCUGCCAUUCUCCCACACGCUCUCCCGCUCUGCCACCCCCUCUCCCUCUCUCCUGCUCUCCCGCUCUCCCGCUCUCAGGCUCUCCAGCUCUCCCUCUCCCUUGCUCUCCUGCUCUCCUGCUCUCCCGCUCUCAGGCUCUCCUGCUCGCCCGCUCACCCACUCCCCCAAUCUCCUGCCUUCCCUUCCCUCUUUCCUGCUCUCCCGCUCCCCUGCUCUCCCUCACCCCCACAUUGCCCAAUACCGUCUCAGCCUUAGAUGAGGCCAAAACCGGCUCCCCGCCUGCAUGCUCGCGGAUACCAUCGACUCGUAUGCUAAUGCCUGCCGAGUAGGAUGAUUGUGUGGCGGCCAGCGAAGAAUAUGUUCAGAUUUUUUGGUAGCUCGGAGGCUACGCUGCACGUUGGUUGUAGGAGGGUCUAGGGGGUUGUCAUAACGGCUGUUGGCUUUAUAAUUUGAUUAUGAUAGCACGUUGCAUCAACUA